GCGGGCGCCGCGCGACUCCACCCGUGGUGGGGCGGGGGCGGCCGGCCGGCGGGGCCCCUCGCGGGUGGCCUGUCCAGCUCGCCCUCGGAGAUCUUGCAGGAGCUGGGGAAGGGGAACACGCAGCCGCAGCCCGGGGCGUCGCCUCCUGCAGCCCCGCCGGCGCCCGGUCCCAAGGACAGUCCCGGGGAGACAGACGCGUUCGCCAACAGCGAGGGCAAAGAGCUGGUGGCCGCAGGCGAAAAUAAAAUAAAACAGGGUCUGUUACCUAGCUUGGAAGAUUUGCUGUUCUAUACAAUUGCAGAAGGACAAGAAAAAAUACCUGUUCAUAAAUUUAUUACAGCACUCAAAUCUACAGGAUUGCGAACGUCUGAUCCCAGGUUGAAAGAGUGUAUGGAUAUGUUAAGAUUAACUCUUCAAACAACGUCAGAUGGUGUCAUGCUAGACAAAGAUCUUUUUAAAAAAUGUGUUCAAAGCAACAUUGUUUUGUUGACACAAGCCUUUAGAAGAAAGUUUGUUAUUCCUGACUUUAUGUCUUUUACCUCACACAUCGAUGAGCUAUAUGAAAGCGCUAAAAAGCAGUCUGGAGGAAAGGUUGCAGAUUAUAUUCCUCAAUUGGCCAAGUUCAGUCCUGAUUUGUGGGGUGUGUCUGUUUGUACAGUAGAUGGACAGAGGCAUUCGAUUGGAGAUACCAAAGUCCCCUUUUGUCUUCAAUCCUGUGUAAAACCUUUGAAAUAUGCCAUUGCUGUUAAUGAUCUUGGAACUGAGUAUGUGCACCGAUAUGUUGGGAAAGAGCCAAGUGGAUUAAGAUUCAACAAACUUUUUUUAAAUGAAGAUGGUAAGAAUUACUUACAAGUUGGUUGGAAAAAGAAAUACCUUGUUUUUUUAUGUAAAUGUAAGUAAAAUUUUUUUUGAAGAAAGUGAAAAGUGUUUCUAGUUUUUAAAGUUUUUCAUGGGUUUUAUGUAAAAUCUGUAGCGAUAGUUUAAUGACCUACUUUUUUAACUGAUUAUUUUUAGGUAUCUCAUGUUAUUAGACAGUGGACCACAGAGAACAUGAGGGCAAGGAAUAAGAAUUUUACUUUAUAACCACCUACAAAAGGAUAUCUUGUACUAAAAUUUCAAAUAUCUCAAAUUUGCUAAAUAUAAUUCAGUGGUAGCAGCUGGAAACAUUGGGUAUGAUUAUGACCAUAUUGAUAAUUAUUGAAACUAAAUGGUUCUAUUUGGCACAAAUGACUAAUAGUCUCUUUUAUUACAUUUGGAUGGAAUACACAUUCUAGUUUCAAAGUCAUCUUUAAAAAUUCUCUCCGUUAACAAACUGGAAGACAGAAUUUUUAAGAAGACAAAAAUAAUGUUCCAACAUUACAUGAUAAUAGUUUCAUCCAAAUUCAAAUACUUAUUAAUAUUUUAAAGAAGAACCCAUGUCUCUAAGCUUCUAGUCUACCUUUCAUUGUUAAUAGGCUUUUAUGCUUAUUUGGGCUCAUGUUGAAUUAAAUGUUGGGUGCUAUGAAG